AUGCUCAGAUACAGCUUGGUUCCUAGGACUCUUGCCAGGAGCUAUAUAGCACCCUCUUUGGAGCACCUGGCCCGUGGAAAGGGGGUGAGAGGGCUGUUUUCCGAAAAGGGCCUCCAGACGGCGUGGUUCGACAGGGCCGACUUCUACACCGAAAACCUGAACAAAUACAUGGGGCAAUCGGAGGAGAAGCCUCUGGAAAACAUAGUUUACGAGAAUGCGAAGUCUGCUUCCAAACGCGACAUAUUCAACAAUGCAUCUAUGCUUUACAAUCUCAGGUUUGCCUUGUCUUGCCUGCGUGCCAAUGAUCUGCCUAGCGUCACAGAAAAACCUGGGCCUCAGUCUUUGCUAGCUACGCCGAGCUUGGAGCUCAAGUUUUCCAACGACCCUCGGGACAACGGAAAUGAAAAGUUGAGCGCGGCAUUAGCCUCUUCUUUUGGCUCGCUGGUGGAGUUCAGGUCGCUGCUCUUGAACUCCAACAGGGCCAUCUCAGGCGACGGGUUCACAUGGCUUGUUGCUAGAAAGGUGCAAAGUAUGCAUCAUGAAAGCGUGAUCUCGGGGACUGUUGAAUUUGACUGGCUCUACGUCCUAAAUACCUACAACGCUGGGUCCCCUUUCAACUUCAACAGAGUCGGGCACAUGAGCGAUCUGAAAAAGCAACUUUCCAAGCUACAAACAGUGGAAGAAACCCCAAGUUCGAACCCAUUUCAGAUGAAGUCCGUUGAGGAGGCCAGGGAAACCGAGUCCUACAGAGAUAUUACUUAUGUUCCUUUGCUGGCCAUAGACGCGUCGCCCAAAGCGUGGAUUACAGACUACGGCGUUUUUGGCAAAGAUCUGUAUUUAGAGAGGGUGUGGGAAUCGAUAGAGUGGAAUGUUGUUGAGCAACGGCUCCCUACGCGGGCGCCUAACUACCAGCUGUCCUGA